AAGAAGUUCCUACAAGAGUUUUACCAGGAUGAUGAAUCUGGCAAGAAGCAAUUUAAGUAUGGGAACCAGUUGGUUCAGCUUGCUCAUAGGGAACAAGUGGCCCUGUACAUAGACUUGGAUGAUGUGGCCGAGGAUGAUCCCGAGUUGGUGGACUCCAUUUGUGAGAACGCCAGGCGUUAUGCCAGGCUAUUUGCUGAUGCUGUGCAAGAGUUGCUGCCUCAAUAUAAGGAGAGAGAGGUGGUAAAUAAGGAUGUUCUGGAUGUUUACAUUGAGCACCGGCUGAUGAUGGAACAGCGGAGCAGGGACCCUGGAGCUGCCCGCAGCCCCCAGAACCAGUACCCUCCUGAACUCAUGCGCAGAUUUGAGUUGUACUUUCAGGGUCCAAGUAGCAACAAGCCUCGUGUGAUCCGGGAUGUACGUGCUGACUCUGUGGGGAAAUUGGUAACUGUGCGUGGAAUCGUCACUCGAGUCUCUGAAGUCAAACCCAGGAUGGUGGUGGCCACUUAUACCUGUGAUCAGUGUGGGGCAGAGACCUACCAGCCGAUCCAGUCUCCAACUUUCAUGCCUCUCAUCAUGUGCCCUAGCCAGGAGUGCCAAACUAACCGCUCCGGAGGGCGGCUGUAUUUGCAGACACGUGGCUCCAAAUUCAUCAAAUUCCAGGAGAUGAAGAUGCAGGAGCAUGUGAGUUUGGGGUAUAUGGCCCAGGGUGGCAUUUUCCUGCCUAAGGGCUUACUCUCAGAGACUUACCUGGAAGCCCAUCGGAUCGUGAAGAUGAAUAAGAGUGAAGAUGAUGAGGCUGGGGCUGGAGAGCUGAGCAGGGAGGAGCUGAGGCAGAUUGCAGAGGAGGAUUUCUAUGAAAAGUUGGCAGCCUCCAUUGCCCCAGAGAUAUAUGGACAUGAAGAUGUGAAGAAGGCACUUUUGCUCCUGCUGGUGGGAGGUGUGGACCAGUCCCCUCGAGGCAUGAAGAUCAGAGGCAACAUCAAUAUCUGCCUGAUGGGGGAUCCCGGUGUGGCCAAGUCCCAGCUCCUGUCUUACAUUGAUCGCUUGGCCCCCCGCAGCCAGUACACAACAGGCCGCGGCUCCUCUGGGGUGGGGCUUACAGCAGCUGUGCUGAGAGACUCUGUAACUGGAGAGCUGACCUUGGAAGGUGGAGCCCUCGUGCUUGCUGACCAGGGCGUGUGCUGCAUUGAUGAGUUUGACAAGAUGGCUGAGGCGGACCGCACAGCCAUCCACGAAGUCAUGGAGCAGCAGACUAUCUCCAUCGCCAAGGCGGGCAUCCUCACCACUCUCAACGCCCGCUGCUCCAUCCUGGCUGCCGCCAAUCCUGCCUACGGGCGCUAUAACCCUCGCCGCAGCUUGGAGCAGAACAUACAGCUUCCUGCUGCACUCCUCUCCCGGUUUGACCUUCUCUGGCUGAUCCAAGACCGGCCUGACCGAGACAAUGACCUACGGUUAGCCCAGCACAUCACCUAUGUGCAUCAGCACAGUCGGCAGCCCCCAGCACAAUUUGAACCUUUGGACAUGAAGCUUAUGAGACGUUACAUAGCUAUGUGCCGCGAGAAGCAGCCCACGGUGCCAGAGUCACUGGCUGACUACAUCACAGCCGCGUAUGUGGAGAUGAGACGAGAGGCUUGGGCUAGUAAGGAUGCUACGUAUACUUCCGCCCGGACCCUGCUGGCUAUUCUGCGACUUUCCACUGCUCUGGCACGACUGCGAAUGGUAGACAUCGUGGAGAAGGAAGAUGUGAAUGAAGCCAUAAGGCUAAUGGAGAUGUCCAAGGACUCGCUUCUAGGUGACAAGGGGCAAACAGCUAGGACCCAGAGGCCAGCAGAUGUGAUCUUUGCCACUGUUCGUGAGUUGGUCUCAGGGGAGCGGAGUGUCCGGUUUUCUGAGGCCGAGCAGCGCUGCAUAUCCCGGGGCUUCACGCCUGCUCAGUUCCAGGCUGCACUAGAUGAGUACGAGGAGCUGAACGUCUGGCAGGUCAACACUGCCCGGACUCGUAUCACUUUUGUCUGAUUACAGCCUGAGACGCUGGGGUCUGCUGCUCUGUAUGCCGUGCUUACCUGAUCCUUUGGAAGGUCUGAUGGCCUGGAGGGGAGAGAAGGGGCCCCUCUUUGCCCAGCGCUGCACUUAACUUUGUUUUAUUCUUUUUGCUAAUAAAGUGUUUGCAGAU